CUGAUACUCUCGUUCUGUAACAGAAGCCUCCCCACAUUUUCUGUCGGGUAAUUUUAUUCCCUAGAUUCUUAUUUAUAUUCUUCCAGUAACUUUCCAGUCGAAUCGGAGACGGGAGUGGAUGCCGGAUUCGGUCCGGAGGUAGGGGGAAUGAUUUGGGACACGGGUACAUUGUUAUAAAUAAUUGUAUUUAUGUUUAAUGCUAUUCAGAGAGCUCGAUUGUGAGUGACUCGCUGUGAGAGAGGCAGAGAGGGAUAUCAUGGCUGCGCAGGUCGCUAGCGUCGCCACUCUCAACACUAGCCCGCCAUCCGAACUUAAAAAGCCGGAUCGGGACCCACUGGAGGAGUCGGUACCGGGAGAGAAACAACAUGAAAAUAAGGAAUCUGGAUCUGACAACGGAUCUCCGGGCCAGAAGGAUCUGCAGGACGGGGCCGAUGCUGGAAAUGUAGGAGGAGGAGGGGAGCCUGACAUGAAGAACGGGAACUCGUCCAGGGUGAAUAAUAACAACCAAAAUGAUACGGGGGGACCGGAGGGGAAUAACCACCCCGGGAUGGGCCAUCACCACCAGGGCUCAUUCCCUCCACCUCCUUACGAGUACAACCAGCACUACAGCCGGGGCCCUUUUCAUCAACAUGGCGGACAACAAAGCCCUGGCAUGGCAGCUGCAGCGGGGCCGGCAGUGCAGUCAGGCAACAUGAUGGACCCAUACCCGCCCAACUCACACGACCACGGCUUCCCCAACCAUUUUAACAACUACAGCCCCUUCCCGAACCGGACUUCUUAUCAGGGCCAAGGAUACGCCAUGAAUUCCCCGCGUAAUAACCAGCCCCCGGCGGCUGGGGGGCAGCCAGUCAAGCAACAGCCAGCAGGCGGAACUACAGCCAUGGCUGCCUCGUACAAUAAUCAGAGGUAUAACAUGGGAAACACACAGCCCACGUCUACCCCGACAUUAAAUCAGCUCCUAACGUCUCCAAGCUCUACGAGGAGCUACCAGAACUACCCACAAGGAGACUAUAGUAACCAGGAAGGGGCUAGCAAGGGAGCAGCAGAUAUGGCCAGCAGUCAAUAUGGUGGGGGUCAUCCGGGUUGGCAACAAAGGAGCCAGCAGCCGCCUAUGAGCCCAGGGAACACGGGACAACCUCUGAACAGAAACCAGCCCCCUAUGGACCAUGUAGGGAAGAUGCGGGGCCAGGGGUACGGUGGAGCCAACCCCUACUCCCAGCAGCAGCAGCAAGGCCAGGGGCAGGGCCCUCCUCCUCCAGGGGCCCAACAGGGUGCCUCCUACCCAGGCCAGGGCUAUGGACCCCCGGGGCCUCAAAGAUAUCCUAUGGGCAUGCAGGGACGCACCCCCACCGGCAUGGCUGGCAUGCAAUACGGACAACAGAUUGCCGGCUUUGGGCAGCAGGGUCCAGGGGGCUACGGUCAGCAGAGCCAGGGCUACUACAGCCCGCACGGCCCCCCACCACACGCUGGCCAGCAGCAGGCCCCCUACCCCCAGCAGCCCCAGACUACCCCUGGAACCCAGGCCCCGUACCCCCAGCAGGGUCAGCCCGGGCCCCAGGGCCAAGGGCCUCCGCAAGGGGGUCCACCCCAGGCCCAGCCACCCUACAACCAGGGACCACCCCAGCCCCCGCAGCAGCCGGGGCCCCAGCAGGGCCAGCCCGGGCCCCAGCAGGGCCAGCCCGGGCCCCAGGGUCAGGGCCCCCAGCCCAGCUACCCUCAGCAGCAAGGACCCCCAGGCCCAGGGCAGGGGCAGCAGCCUCCACAGCAGCAACCCCCCUCGCAGCAACAAGGACCCCCGCAGCAGCAGCAAGGACCCCCGCAGCAGCAGCAAGAUAGGGCGGCCCCUCCACAGGCCCAGCCACCCCCAGGCCAUCAACAACCCCCAGUCCACCAGCCACCCCUCGGCCACCAAUCCUCCCCGGGCUCCCAGGGCCACCACCCAUCUCCAGGUCACGGUGGACCCCCACAGCAGCAGGGUCAGUCUCAGCAGGGCCAGCCCUCACCCUACUCCCAGACCCCACCCCUGCAGCAGCAGCAGCAGCAGCAGUCGCCCUUCCAGCGGUUUCCACCUCCGCCACAGGAGCUCUCCCAGGACUCAUUCAGCUCCCAGUCCAGUGCUCCCCCCUCCAACCAGCCUAUGACUUCCAACAAGAGUGGCGCAGAGGACAGCAUGCAGGGACGGCCUUCUAGUUUACCAGACCUCUCUGGUUCCAUAGAUGACUUGCCGACGGGUACGGAGGGGGCUCUGAGUCCGGGCGUCAGCACGUCGGGGGUGUCCAGUAGCCAGGGGGAACAGAGUAACCCCGCCCAGUCACCCUUCUCACCCCACACCUCGCCCCACUUGCCUGACAUCCGCGGACCCUCCCCCUCCCCCGUGGGCUCCCCUGCCAGCGUCACCCCCUCGCGCUCCGGACCCCUGUCACCUGCUGCCGUGCCAGGUAACCAGAUGCCUCCCCGGCCGCCCAGCGUCCAUUCAGACGGCAUUCUCCACACAUCCAUGGGCCAGUCAGCCAUGGGCCAGUCAGCCAUGGGCCAGGACAGGGUGUACCUGCGUAACCCCCAGAUGCCUCCCUACGUGUCGCCGCAGCAACCUGGCUCCGCCUUAUCCCCUCGCCAGUCAUCGGGAGGCCAGAUGCAUCCUGGGAUGGGGCCGUACCCUCAGAACAACUCCAUGGGGAACUACGGCCCUCAGGGUGGACAGUACGGACCACAAGGUUACCCCAGACAGCCCGGCUACAGUGGCAUGCCCAACGCCAACUACCCUGGUGGUCCGGGGGGCAUGAACCCUAUGCCAGGCCAGGCUGGUGGGGCGCCAUAUGCAGGCAUGCCCCCUGGCAGGAUGGGUCCGGGUCAGAUGGGUGCCCGCCCCUACGGCCCCGGGAUGGGCCCCAACAUGGGCCCCGGCAUACCUCCACAGGUGACCUCUGGGAUGUGCCCCCCUCCAGGCAUGAACAGGAAGGGCCCCGGGGGCCCUCCGGAUGCAGCCUCUGCCAUGCACCACGGAGCCAACUCCAUACACAACAGGCCUCCAGGUUACCCCCCCAAUAUGCCCCAGGGGAUGAUGGGAGCAGGGCCUCCGUAUGGCCCUGGGCCGGGGGCCAUCAACAGCAUGCAAGGUAUGAUGAACCAGGGAGGACCCUACGGAGGAGGGCCGAUGGGAGGGAACAUGGCCAACAACACACCUGGCAUGGCUCCUAGCCCUGAGUUUGGCAUCGAUGUCAAACUGAGCCCAGCACAGAAGAUGAACAACAAGGUGGACGGCACGCCCAAACCUGAAACCAAGAAGGUAAAGAAGAAGUCAAACUCUUCGACGACGACCAAUGAGAAGAUAACUCGUCUGUAUGAGCUGGGUCCGGAGCUGGAGAGGAGGACGUGGGUAGACCGGUACCUGGCGUUCGCUGAGGAUAAGGCCAUGGGCAUGACCAACCUUCCCGCCGUGGGACGAAAACCUCUAGACCUCUUCAGACUUUACGUCUCGGUCAAAGAGAUCGGAGGCCUCACACAGGUGAACAAGAAUAAGAAGUGGAGGGAGUUGUCCACCAACCUGAACGUGGGCACGUCCAGCAGCGCCGCCAGCUCCCUGAAGAAGCAGUACAUCCAGUGUCUGUACGCCUUCGAGUGCAAGAUCGAACGUGGCGAGGACCCGCCCCCGGAUCUCUUCACUGACGCCAAAAAGACCACCCAGCCCAAGAUCCAGCCCCCCAGCCCAGCUGGGUCUGGAUCUCUGCAGGGCCCCCAGACCCCCCAGUCCACCAGUAGUUCCAUGGCGGAGGGGGGAGACUUGAAGCCCCCCACCCCAGCCUCCACCCCUCACAGCCAGAUGCCCCCUAUGCCCGUCAGGCUGCAGGAUCCGUUUGCAGACGGGGGUGACCCAGCGUUUGCCAGACGGAACUCCAUGACCCCCAACAGCUACCAGCCUGGGAUGGGUGGUCCGGAGAUGAUGGGUCACAUGGGGCCCUACGAAUCCAACAAGGACCCCUUUGGUGGCAUGAGGAAAGCUGGAGAGCAAUUCAUGACUCCAGGGCCGGGUCCUAACAGUGGUAUGGAGGGGCAGUUCAACAGAGGCCCCCCAGGGCCCAUGGGCCCCAACAUGCAGAUGGGUCCGAGACAACAGUACCCCUACGGACCUGGAUAUGACAGGAGACAGGAGCCAGGGAUGGGUCCUGACGGCAGUAUGGGUCCUGGGGCCCCCCAGCCCAACCUGAUGCCUUCAGGGGCCGACUCGGGGAUGUACUCCCCUAGCCGACCCCCACCGCAGCAACGUCAUGAUUCCUAUGGUAAUCAAUAUCCUGGUCAAGGAGCGCCACCUGGUGGCCCCUACCCCAAUCAGCAGCCAGGAAUGUUUCCACAGCAACAACCCAACUACAAGCGUCCUCCAGUGGAUGGGGGCUACGGUCCCCCAGCGAAGCGUCAUGAGGGGGAUGGGAUGUACAAUGUCCCCUUCAGCGGUCAGCAGCAGCCAGGGCCCCAGCCCUCCGGGGGCCCCCAGGGCCAACAAGACAUGUACAAUCAGUACAACGCAGGCUACCCCGGCUCUGACCGCCGACCACCUGGCCCCCAGGGCCAGUUCCCUUUCCCCUUCGGCCGAGACCGGGGGCCCUCCAGCGGGGGCCCCAACUCCCAGUCCCCCAUGCCUCCCCAAAUGAUGGGCAGCCCUAUGCAGGCAGCCUCUGACGGCCCCCAGGGCCCCAUGUGGCAGGGACGCAACGAGAUGGGCUACCCCAACUACCCCAACCGCCAGGGGCCUCCAGGACCUGGCCAGGGCCCCCCCCAGGGCUACCACGGCAUGAACCGCUCUGAGGAGAUGAUGCCAGGGGCUGACCAGCGGAUGAACCAUGAGGGCCAGUGGCCUGGACACCCCAGCCAGAGACAGUCCCCCUACGGGCCGGGGGGCUCGGGCCCCCCCAUGUCCAGACCCCUGCAAUCCAACUAUCAGAGCUCCCAGAACCAUAUUUCCCAGGUGUCCAGCUCCGCCCCCAUGCCCCGCCCCAUGGAGAGCCGGACGUCCCCCUCCAAGUCGCCCUACGUGCACUCAGGCAUCAAGAUGCAGAAGGCGGGGCCCCCCGUGCCCGCGUCCCACAUAGGCCAGGCCCCCGUGCAGCCCCCCCUAAUCAGGCGGGACAUAGCCUUCCCCCCAGGGUCGGUGGAGGCCUCCCAACCCAUCCUCAAACCCCGAGUACGACUCACCAUGAAAGACAUCGGCACCCCAGAGGCCUGGAGAGUGAUGAUGUCACUGAAGUCAGGCUUACUAGCAGAGAGCACGUGGGCCUUGGACACCAUUAAUAUCCUACUCUACGAUGACAACAGCAUUUCUACUUUCAACCUCUGCCAGCUGCCUGGGUUCCUGGAGCUGGUAGUGGAGUAUUUCAGACGCUGCCUCAUCGAGAUCUUCUGCAUUCUAAAGGAGUAUGAGGUGGGAGACCCUGGCCAGCGGACGCUCAUCGACCCGCAUGCUGCCGACGAAGACUGCUCUGACGAAGAGCUUCCAGAGCAGGAGGACAUGGAGGAGGAAGAGGACGAAGAGGAGGAGGACGAGAGGAAGAGCAACGCAGACACCACCUCGUCGCAGCAGGUCCAGGUGAAAAAGGAGGAGGAAGAGGAGAAAUCCACGACUGAGAAGUCGACAGCGGAAAAGGAGAAGGAGAGGGAAGGAGGGGAGUCUUCUUCCACCUCCUCGGCCCCCCAGAACCUCAGCCUCCUACAGGAGAAACCCAAACAGGCCAGUAAGUUCGACAAGCUGCCCAUCAAGAUGGUGCGUAAGAAAGAUCCCUUCCCUGGGGGCCGUUCCAGUAAGCUAGGCCGGCGGCAGAGCUUUGACAGCGGACUAAUCCACUGGAGCAUCGGCGGGGGGGACACCACGGAACACAUCCAGACUCACUUCGAGAGCCGGUCCGACCUCCAUAAGCAGCGGAAGCGGGUGCUGCCAUCAGCCACCGAGAGUAGAAAGGUCGCCAUGCCCGCGACGGUGUCAGAGGAACCAGAGAAGACUACUAAGCCUGGCAAGGAAGAGCAGACCACCUCCCCUGCAGAGAAGACCUCCACCCCAACCACGCCCGCCCCGGUCACCGCCACCAUCGACGACGUCCUGUCGGCCCGGCCGGGCUCUGUGACGGAGGAGGCGGUGCGAGGAGCAGCCGAGGAGCAGAAGGAGAACAGGGGGAAGUUCCUGUUCUCCAUCCGUCAGGCGCAGCAGAGCCGACGCAACGUCACCAUCCUGGAGGACGAGCCUCACAGCAAGGACGAGACCCCGCUGAGCACGCUGUCGGACUGGCAGGAUGCCCUGGCCCGCCGCUGUGUCUGCGUCUCCAACAUCGUCCGCUCGCUGUCUUUCAUCCCCGGCAACGACCUGGAGAUGUCCAAACACCCGGGGCUGCUGCUGCUGCUGGGCCGUCUGGUUCUGCUCCACCACCGUCACCCAGAGAGGAAACAGGCCCCCGUCACCUACGAGAAGGAGGAGGACGAGGACGAGAGGGUGAGCUGUGAGAGGGACGAGUGGUGGUGGGACUGUCUGGAGGUCCUCAGGGAGAACUGCCUGGUCACUCUGGCUAACAUCUCCGGCCAGUUGGACUUGUCCAUCUACCCAGAGAGCAUCUGUUUGCCCCUGCUGGACGGCCUGCUUCAUUGGGCUGUUUGUCCUUCGGCCGAGGCCCUGGACCCUUUCCCCAUGCUGGGGCCCCAUGGGGCCCUAUCCCCCCAGAGACUGGUGCUGGAGACCCUCAGCAAGCUGAGCAUCCAGGACAACAACGUGGACCUUAUCCUGGCCACGCCGCCGUUCAGCCGGCUGGAGAAGCUGUACGGGACGCUGGUGCGCCUGGUUGGGGAGAGGAAGGUGGCUGUCUGCAGGGAGAUGUCUGUGGUCUUACUGGCCAACCUGGCCCAGGGAGACAGCAUGGCGGCCAGGGCCAUCGCCGUGCAGAAGGCCAGCGUAGGUAACCUCCUGGGCUUCCUGGAGGACAGUCUAGCAGCCACGCAGUACCAGCAGAGCCAGAGUUCCAUGAUGCACCUACAGGGGGCGCACUUUGAGCCCACUAGCGUGGACAUGAUGCGGCGAGCGGCCCGCGCCCUGCAUGCCAUGGCUAAGGUGGAGGAGAACCACUCAGAGUUCACCCUGUAUGAGUCCCGCCUACUGGACAUCUCUGUCUCACCACUCAUGAACUCUCUGGUGUCCCAUGUGAUCUGUGACGUACUCUUUCUGAUUGGCCAGUCAUGACAGCAGUGGGGGCUUCAGCUUCGCUUUCUCUUUCUGUUACCCCGCCCCGCCCCCCCCCCCCCCCCCCCCCCCCCCCUUUUCUUUUUGUGUGUGUCUGUUGAGUGUGAGUGGAAGAGAGAACUAAGAGCAAAACUGACUGUCCUUUUUUUAAUUUAUGCAAAAUCACCUCGGAUUCCACUGUCUACCCUUUCUACCCCCUGGUUCUCACUAAAGGACGGAUUUACUGAAGUAGCGGUGGAGUUAAACAUUCUGGAACACGGAAACCGACGUGAUAAGACGGAUUAGAUGGGACCCUGGGAUGGAUGGAGGGUCGGGAAGGAGGGAGGGAUGGAGCUGCCCUGCGGCAAACAACUUUUUUAAUGAAAAUAUAGAAGAAAGCAUAACUGUAACCAAAAUUGCUGUCUCGUUUCUAGUGAGUUUUGGGGUAUAUACCCAGGUUCUCCUCCCUUGGGUUUGGCAGGGGGGUGAGCAAGGCGGGCAUGGAUGGGGAAAACCUGUUUUUAGUUCAUGUACGGUGAAACAGACUCCUGGACUGGUUUGGUAUACUGCUGUAACUUGCUAUAUACUCAGCCCUACACGGCCCAGGUUAUCAGCUGUGAACAGACAGACACGUCUUCAAUGGGGAGGCCUGUGCAGUAGAUUGUAGGACUUUUUUUCUGUACUGUACACCUUAAAAACAACUGUAAACAUACUGUAAUAACACUGAGAUACGCUGGCUUGGCAGCAAACUGUAGUUUUUCAAAAUGAUUUUAGUUAAAUGUUGAACUGAGAGAGAUGACAAAAGGCUUUCCCCCCAAAGUAUCGUGAACCUUACAACACCCCGACCUCUUCUCUGUCCCUCGAUUGUAUGACUUGACCCUUAUAAAAGAAGUCACCUCUUAGGACUGCUCCUCUGCUCUAGAGGCAGUCCCGACUGCAGUGUAUAUAUGAUGUUGUACAUUACACCUCUCUCCCUUUCUCUCAAACCCUUCUGUUGCACUUCACCAUUUUUAAUCUUCGAUGAAUUAAGGUUACACUCGAGUGAAAUUUCGCCAUGGGAUUACCUAACCUUUUGACCCCUCACCCCCGACCCCACCCGCCUGUCUCUCGCUACAGGGACUCCGCUGCUGUGACUCCCUCGCAAUGCCCCCCCCCCCCCCCCCAAACACACACACACACCCCUGCGACACACACAGAUGAAGUUUAAAUUUGUCUCCGGUACCCCUGAGUCUAACAUGACUGAAACCAUGUCUGCUACGGUUCCAUUUCAGCUCCUACAUCAACAACAAAGCAAGACCCCUGAUGAAGAAAUAAACCGUUUGAGUUUUGUUUUUCCAGUGAUAUGGAUUCUGCAUAUUUGUAUUUCAGACGAUGUAGCUGAAGACUUGAUGUAAAUUCCAAUUUUUUUCCCUUUUUUGGCUUAAUGAAUAUAAUUUCUUCAGUAUGAAAUCUUUAUACUAUAUGUUCCAUGUGUUAAGAAUAAAUGUACAUUAAAUCUUCGUAA